AGGUAGCUGUGGGUCGCUGGGCCAAGUGGCGCGUUUAUGUUGGAUGGAAGGAGAAGACCGUGGGCCGAUUGAAGAAGCAUAAUUUGAAGACCAACAGACGCGGUCGAGUGGUGUACAAGAAAAUGUCGGAUCAAGCGAAAGAGCGCAUGAAGAAUUCCAAGAUUUCGACCUGGUACCAGAGCGUGAAGGAAGCACGUCAGGUCUUGAAGCUGGUGGGUUUUGUCCCCGUUGGAGGCAAAACUGCGGCUGGUCAGGCCCUUCUGAAACAGACUAAGAUGAUCUACUAUGAACGCGUCUACAACAUCAGCCAGAAGGCCACCAAAGCCAUGCUGCAGAUGAUGCACAGCCCCAGCCCCUCCCCCACCAGUCCGACCAUGGCGGCACCACCGGUCUCACCCGAACUGGUGGAACUUACCUCCCAGCCUGGGACGGCCGAAGGACGAAGGGCAGUGCUCUCCAGCCCCGAACUUGUGGAGCUUACCUCCCAGCCGGGGUCGGCCGAAGGCCCCAUGGCUGCCAUGCUUUCCAGCCCUGAAGCUGAGAAGGUCUCCAAGGGAGAGGUGGAGGGCCGUCAGCGCAAGGAUGAUGUGCUGGUGCUGGGUGGACAAGAAGCGGCUUGAGGGUCUUAAAAUGAGGAGUAUUUGAGGAUUGACUCUAUACAUUGAUUGAUUUGCGACGUUCCCUGCACAAUUCGUGGCCACGUGCAGCAGAGUGGCGCACGGUUGCUCGACUUUUUCAUGACUAAGGAUUUCUUGACUGUAGCUUGGUACAGUGAGCCAUGGCCCCUGAACACAUGUUUGUUUCAGCUACCGGCGCUGUUAACGGACCCGUAGGUUUUGCUGUUUUUCUGCUGUCGCAUUGCCCGUC